AUGGAUGCUUUCAAGGCGGUAACGCAUGGUCCGCGGUACUAUGCCGCGGAAGAGGAGGGGUUUAUUGAGCCGACGUACAGCGGUGUAGACUAUACGCACUAUGGAAAUGGGGCAUCGUACGGCGACCCGGCAUCUACGCCCUAUCCGACGUACCGCCACACCGGCCGGCCGCUUCCCCAGGUCCCAAUGGCGCCGCAGCGCGAGUCUUUGUCGGAUUUAUCGCACGCCAAAGAGUUUCACGACGAGGCAGACAUGACACAGCCCGAUCUGGAGGAUACGUAUUACCCCGCGCAAAAAGAGACACACAAUGAAAAGGCCGCAGGGUUCGCUGCGGGCCCCUACGUUCCCACGUCGUUCGUCCCGCGCCGUGGGAUAUGGGCCGUGGACGACCGCCGUGCGUUUGCGAAGCAGUCGCUGAUUUUGAAGGUGCUGCGGAUCGUUGCAUUUAUCAUUAUCAUUGGCAUUAUCAUUGCGCUUUCAGUGCUGAUUUUGAUUGUCAUGUUCCUCCGCCCACCCAACAUUGGCCUCGACGGGCUGACCCUGCCCAGCGAUUUGAGCCAGGUGCAUAUUGAACAAAUGCAGUUUUCUGUCAAUGCAAAUAUCAAAGCGGUCGUCGCGAACCCAAACUACAUCUCUGCUACAAUCAAGGAAGUCACCGCAGACUUGUUUGACCAGCGCGUGCCGGGCCUGCGCAUCGGCCGGUGCAAUACAACCGACGUGGAAAUCUAUUCGAGGAACAUGACGACCAUCUCUGUUCCAUGCCUGUUGGAGUACGAUGUCAACAAAGACAAAAACUUUGCCUUGAUCAAAGAAAUCGCGAGCAACUGCGGGGUUGGCAAGUCGAAAAAACGUGACUUGAGCCUCUUGCUCAAGCUGCACUUGAAGAUCAAGUUUCUUGCUUUCAAUAUCCCCGUGUCGGUCACCCCGUCAAUUAGCAUGGCGUGCCCGGUGAGCGAUGGUCAGAUUAAAAAGGUGCUUGGGGGACACUCUGAUAUUUUGGGUCAACUGGGGCUAGGGAAGCGCAGUGCACACGAUACACUCUUACGUGCGAGUCCUCUCGCACCGCGCCAUUUAAAAGACUUAUAG